CAUUACGUAGGAAACAUACAAAGCCCUAAUGUAACAAUACAGCUGCAAUGUCGCGGCGCCUCGCGCUUCUUGUGCUGCUGUUUUCUGUAGUUUUAGUCCUGACGCAAGCCGAGGACGCUGUGCUCAAGACUGCGGUAGAGGGAAAGCCAUUCAAUGUUUUCCAGGAAUUGAAAAAGGAGUGCGAUCCGGGGUGUCAACAAUGUAAUCGGGAGCUGGGAGAAUGCGAAUGCCCCUACGGCUUGUCCGGCCCCACAUGUCAGGUGGCGCUGUGGCCCGCCUGCCGCACCAGCACCGCCGCCGGACUGCCGGUUUUCGUGGGCCGGCGCGCGCCGCGCAACUGCCACUGCUACCGCCAGCUGUUCCGAGCCACCUGCCUGCCCGGCAGCGAGUCGCGCUGUAGCUCGCACACCGUGGCGCACUGGCCGGACCUCAAGUGCUUCGAGCAGCCCGACAAGCCGGAGCAGGAGCAGCUGUCCGAGCUGCCGGACACACUAGAUGACCCAGCCUACCGCUGGCGCAAAGGAGUGCUGCUGCCGGCGCCGGCAGGCGGCACGGGGGUGGAAGGGGCGGCGGGAGGAGCAGCGGCGGCGGAGCACAAGGACUUUCAGACGCUUCCGGCGCCGCCCGCGCUCAAGGAGAUUGGGGACACGGUGGCACUGGGGAAGUGCCCCAACAGGUGUCGAGACCGCGGCAUCUGUAUCGCCAACAGCGAGACUGUCAAGACGCCCAGCUGCCUGUGCCACCCCGGUUUCACCGGCACCGACUGCGCCGACGUCGUGCCGCCGGCCUCGCUGCCGCUGCUGUGCCCCAACGGCUGCGGCGGCCGCGGGAAGUGCGCGGCGGGCUUCUGCGCGUGCGACCCGCCCUACUGGGGCAUUGGCUGCAGCCGCAGUAAGGCCUACCAACCAGUGCCAGACAGCAUCAGCCACCCCUACUACCCCUCGCUCAAGGUCUACAUGUACGACAUCCCCAUCAGCGUGGUGGGGCCGCAGCCCUUCGACGACGGCGACGCCACGGUGUACCUCAUCUACCAGGCGUCCAUGCACCUGAUGAACGCCUUCCUGGCGGACACCGGCGGCGUGCGCACACAGAACCCCUGGGAGGCCAACCUGUUCUACGUCCCCACCUUUGCUUACUUCUCCACCGCCAACCUGGGCGACCCCACGGCGGCGGUGGUCCGCGCCAUUGACUGGGUGUCGUCCAAGUUCCCCUUCUUCGCGCGCCACGGCGGCCGCGACCACUUUGUGGUGCUCACAGCGGACCGCGGCGCCUGCUACCUCAAGCCGCUCAACCAGACCCGCAACCUCAUACGGCUGGUGCAUUUCGGUCUGGAGAAGCCCAACCUGACCGAGAUGGGGCCGCUGGUUGAGGAGCGCGAGUACGGCUGCUUCAAGAGCGGCAGGGACGUGGUGCUGGCGCCCUACUUCAGACCCAAGGCCAGCGUGGUGCGCGCGGUGCACGAGAAGCUGCUGGCUCCGGGCGGCGCCGAGGAGCUGCUCAAGGACAAGAGCGUGCUGUUCUUCUUCAGCGGGGACGUCAGGCACCAUGAGCCCGAGUACAGCGGCGGCGUGCGGCAGGCGCUGUCCGCGCUGCUGUCCAACACCACCACCACCACCACGGGGUCGGGUUCGGGGCCGGCGCCGCCCGACGACGUGGUGUUCAAGGCGGGCUCCCAGCCCAUCACUGCGGAGGAGUACGAGCAGCUGCUGGGCAGGGCCAAGUUCUGCCUGGCGCCGUACGGCCACGGCUGGGGCAUUAGGCUCACGCACGCGCUGAUGCACGCGUGUGUGCCCGUGAUCAUCCAGGACCGAGUGCGUCAGCCCUGGGAAGACCUGCUGCACUACCCCGACUUCUCCAUACGCGUGGCCAAGUCGCAGCUGCCGCGGCUUGUGGAGCUGCUGCGGGCGGUGCCGGCGGAGGACGUGGCGCGGCUGAUGCGGGAGGGCGCACGCGUGUACCGGGCCUUUGUGUGGCAGCCGGAGCUGGGCGGCCUGGCGUACAAUUACACCAUUGCCAGCCUGCGGCGCCGGCUCAGCCAUAUACGCGGGGAGCUAUACGAGGCGGGGACACGGCGGCGCCGUGGCAGGCAGCUUUGAGCGGCAGGGAGCGCGCAGCGCUCUGUGGCGGUGUUAAGGGAGCAGGGCGCUUCCGUUAGUCAUGUGCGUCCGUUGUCUUGGGUGUGGCGUGCGGCGGGUGUAAGGGGCCUGUACGCCAACAACCAUGGAGGCGUAGCCUGUGGGCGAGAGGGUAGGCGUCGCAGUUACGAAGCGGGAAUCGGUUGGCAGAGCAGGUUAGAGACACAGAUGGACAGCCGAGUUGCUUCGGCGUUGGAACUGUAGAAGAGGAGAGAGCGCAUGUCAGUGCACGGUGCAUCAAUGGCAUUUGCCCCGGGAGUUUCGAGGCGCAUGCUGCAUGCACCGACGGCCCCAUGGCCCAUGAGGUGCGUUGUGAGGAUGCAAAUUGGCGAAGACGGGACCGACGGACCGUUGCAAGCAGUCUAGCCAGCACAGCACAUCUUAGUAGGCACAGGGGCCUGUCUAGCCUGCACACACCCCACAGCACGAGGCGAAAUCCAAAACGCGCACUAAGGCACGGCACCUACGACGCGCACAGCUGGGCGCAACGUGCAGGGCCCUGACAGUGGGGCACAGGUUCGCAUACAGGUCCCGCUUGAAGUUGCGCGCAGUCGUGCAACCUGUACGUGUGUUUCGUUGGCACCGCCGUGCACCGUGCGCCCACUGCUACCCUCUAUUGUGCUCGAGGCACAUAUGCAGACAAGAUAUGUGUGAAGGGCAAGCGGCAGAAGGCAACCAUGGAGCAAUUUCC